UCCCCGUUCCUCCCGAAUCCCUCGCAAUGACUGGCGAACGGAGGCACAGCACGGAACACGUAUGCAGCAGCAGCAGCAGCAUCUUUGCUCUGGCCGUGUGAAGAGAUUGCAGUGACUGCUUCAGCACCCGAAGUGUUUCAGGAGAUUAAAAAUUCACCGCCAGUCGACCAGCCCUCUGAAUGCCGAACGCUAGGUCAACAAACUGAUACGUUUCCACGCCGUAAACAUCCCAUCGUGCGUUUAAUUCGCUUGUACGGUUAGGCGAGCGCCGUCCGAGAGCAAACAUGUUGGAUCCAUCCUCCAGCGAAGAGGAAUCGGACGGGAUAGUGGAGGAGGAAAGCCGAGAGGUGAUGGCUCCUCAGUCCGGAUCCUCUCGCAUCUCCCCCAGCAGGACCAGCGAGAGCACCGAUAGGCUCCAGCCCGCCAGCCGAGGCUCCAGUGCGCGACCAUCCAGCCCGAGCCCGUCGGCCGCCAGCGAGCAGGAAAAGGAGGACGUGGAGAAACUGCAGCGGGAAGAAGAGGAACGAAAGAAGAAGCUGCAGCUCUAUGUCUUUGUGAUGCGAUGCGUCGCCUAUCCUUUCAACGCCAAGCAGCCGACCGACAUGGCAAGGCGACAGCUGAAGAUCACCAAGCAGCAGCUGCAGACCACUAAGGACCGCUUCGAGUCUUUUCUCAAAGGAGACACACAGAUUGUGGCAGAUGAAGCCUUCAUCAAUGCAGUUCAGAGCUAUUUUGAGGUUUUUCUGAAGAGCGAUCGUGUUGCUAAGAUGGUCCAAACAGGAGGUUUAUCCGCUCUGGACUGUCGCGAGGUUUUCAAGCGCCAUAUCGAGAAACGUGUCCGGAGCCUGCCAGAGAUCGAUGGUCUGAGCAAGGAGACUGUGCUGAGCUCCUGGAUGGCCAAGUUUGACACCAUCUACCGUGGUGACGAGGACCCACGCAAGGCACAGCAGCGCAUGACAGCCAGCGCCGCUUCUGAGCUCAUCCUGAGCAAAGAACAGCUCUACGAGAUGUUCCAGCAGAUCCUGGGGAUCAAGAAGUUUGAGCACCAGCUGUUGUACCAGGCUUGCCAGUUGGAUAAUCUGGACGAGCAAGCAGCUCAGAUCAGGAGAGAACUGGAUGGGCGUCUGCAGAUGGCUGAUCAGAUUGCCCGGGCUGGCAAAUUCCCCAAGUUUGUGUCGAAGGAGAUGGAGGCUAUGUAUAUCGAGGAGCUGAAGAGCUCAGUCAACCAGCUGAUGGCUAACCUGGAGAGCAUGCCGGUUUCAAAGGGAGGAGAGUUCAAACUGCAGAAGCUAAAGAGGGGACACAACACCUCCAUCAUUGAUAUGGGACAGGAAGAUGAAAACCAGCUGUCCAAGUCUGAUGUUGUGCUGUCUUUCACACUUGAGGUGGUGAUUAUGGAAGUUCAGGGGUUGAAGUCGCUGGCUCCCAACCGCAUUGUGUACUGCACAAUGGAGGUGGAAGGUGGAGAGAAGCUACAGACGGACCAGGCUGAGGCCUCCAAACCAACUUGGGGAACCCAAGGAGACUUCACCACCACACACCCUCUGCCAGCGGUCAAAGUGAAGCUCUUCACAGAGAGCACAGGGGUCUUGGCCCUGGAGGACAAGGAGCUGGGCCGGGUGGUUCUUCACCCAACUCCAAACAGCCCAAAGCAGGCGGAGCUCCACAAGAUGACCGUGACCAAGGCCUGCCCUGAUCAAGAUCUGAAGAUCAAACUUGCCGUGCGCAUGGACAAACCUCAAAACAUGAAGGCUUGUGGGUAUUUAUGGGCUGUUGGCAAAAAUGUUUGGAAACGCUGGAAGAAGCGCUUCUUUGUCUUGGUCCAGGUGAGUCAGUAUACCUUUGCCGUGUGCAGCUAUCGAGAGAAGAAGUCAGAACCACAGGAGCUGCUGCAGUUAGAUGGCUAUACUGUGGACUACACUGACCCACAGCCAGGUCUGGAUGGAGGCCGGGCUUUCUUCAAUGCAGUGAAGGAGGGUGACACUGUGAUCUUUGCUAGUGACGAUGAGCAGGACCGCAUCCUAUGGGUGCAGGCCAUGUAUCGAGCUACUGGCCAAUCACACAAACCCGUCCCGCCCACCCAGGUCCAGAAACUGAAUUCUAAGAGCGGAGCUGCGGCACAGAUGGAUGCCCCCAUCUCUCAGUUCUAUGCUGACAGGGCACAGAAGCACGGCAUGGAUGAGUUUAUCUCAGCUAACCCAUGUAGCUUUGAUCAUGCCUCAUUGUUCGAGAUGGUGCAGAGGCUCACGUUGGACCACAGGCUAAAUGACAACUUUGCAUGUCUGGGCUGGUUUAGCCCGGGUCAGGUGUUUGUUCUGGAUGAAUAUUGCGCUCGGAACGGGGUGAGAGGAUGCCACAGACAUCUGUGUUAUCUUGGUGACCUUCUGGAGAGGGCAGAUGCCGGGCUCAUGAUCGACCCGACGCUGCUACACUACAGCUUCGCGUUUUGUGCCUCCCAUGUUCACGGCAACAGGCCUGAUGGUCUUGGAACAGUAACGGUGGAGGAAAAAGAACGCUUUGAGGAAAUCAAAGAGCGAUUGCGUGUCCUUCUGGAGAAUGAGAUCACAAACUUUAGGUAUUGCUUUCCAUUCGGUCGCCCAGAGGGAGCAUUGAAAGCCACUCUGUCUUUGCUGGAGAGGGUGCUUAUGAAGGACAUUGUGACCCCAGUCCCGCAAGAGGAAGUCAAGGCUGUCAUUCGUAAAUGCUUAGAGCAAGCAGCUCAAAUUAACUACCAGCGCAUCACUGACUACGCCAGAGUGGAAGUUGAGAAAACUCUAAAGGAUCAGAAGGAUCCAGAGAAUGUAGCCAACCUAGCUACGCCUGCUAAAAAACUGGAGCAUGUCAUCCGUCUGGCAGAGUUAGUCAUUGAGGUUCUACAUCAGAACCAGGACCAUCACGCCGAGGCUGCGGUCACAAGUACAGGAGACCAGUCGGCCUUUGCAUGGUGGUCAGACCUGAUGGUGGAGCACGCUGAGAACUUCCUGUCGCUCUAUGGAGUUGAUAUGGAUGCUGCUCUUGAGAUCCAGUCUCCCGAGAGCUGGGACAGUUUCCCGCUCUUUCAGCUUCUAAACGAUUUCCUCCGUGCCGACUAUCACCUGUGUAAUGGAAAGUUCCACAAACAUCUGCAGGACCUGUACGCCCCUCUUGUGGUGCGAUAUGUGGAUCUUAUGGAAUCCUCCAUCGCUCAGUCCAUUCACAGGGGAUUUGAGCGGGAGUCAUGGGAGCCUGUAAAGAGUUUAACAAGUAAUCUGCCCAAUGUGAAUCUACCAAAUGUGAACCUCCAAAUUCCCAAAGUACCAAAUCUUCCCGUGCCAGUAGCAGGACUAUCUGUUAACCUUCCACAAAUGCCUAGCUUUUCCACUCCGUCCUGGAUGGCUGCUAUAUAUGACUCUGACAAUGGCUCGGGAACAUCAGAAGAUCUGUUCUGGAAGUUGGAUGCCCUACAGACCUUCAUCAGGGACCUACAUUGGCCAGAAGAAGAGUUUGCCAAACAUCUGGAUAACCGUAUGAAGCUCAUGUCAAGUGACAUGAUUGAGACAAGCGUUAAACGCACCAGGGCAGCGUUUGAAUCUAAGCUGACCAAAAGCAGCCGUUCCACAGAUUUCCGCAUCCCACUGUCCUUAUGCACCAUGUUCAAUGUGAUGGUGGAUGCCAAGGACCAGUCUGCUAAACUAUGUGCCAUGGAAUUGGGCCAGGAGAAACAGUACCACUCUCAAAUCGAUGAGCUCAUUGAAGAGAGUGUAAAAGACAUGAUUUCCCUUUUGGUGGCAAAGUUUGUGGUCAUUCUGGAGAGCGUACUUGCCAAGAUCUCCAGGUAUGAUGAGGGAACUCUCUUCUCCUCCUUCCUCUCCUUCACGGUGAAAGCAGCAUCAAAAUAUGUGGAUGUCCCUAAACCAGGGAUGGACGUUGCGGAUGGCUAUGUGACCUUUGUCCGUCACUCUCAGGACAUUCUGAGAGAUAAGGUCAAUGAGGAGGUGUAUAUAGAGAGAUUAUUUGAUCAAUGGUACACAGCCACUAUGAAUCUGCUGGCGACCUGGCUGACUGACCGCAUGGACCAACAGCUUCAUGUCUAUCAACUCAAAAUCCUCAUCAGGAUUGUAAAGAAGAAAUACCGAGAUUUUAGGCUGCAAGGCGUUCUUGACUCUACACUGAACAGCAAGGGGUAUGAUACGGUACGGAACCGGCUGACCCUGGAGGAAGCCACUGCCUCUGUCAGAGAGGGGGGCAUGCAGGGCAUCUCGAUGAAGGACAGCGAUGAGGAAGACGAGGAGGACGAUUAGAGCAUCGAGCCAUCCGGUGCCACCCACCACCCUGAACCCGACCCGUCUAUCCAACCCUACCCUACCCCAACACUUUAAACUUAGCCUGAUAACGUAAGAUGCAUGUAUCAACUCUGAUUACCCAGUUAGCCACACUAGGAUCUCCCCCCAUCAGCUCGAAUUGCCCACAAACUAAGCUAAAAAAAAAAAAACAAUAAAAAUCAAAGAAUUGUACUAAAGAGUAAAAAGAACGUUGCAAAGACCAUGAUUGGCAAUUUUAGCUGUAUCAUAACAUCAUAAAGAACAACAAACUAGCACCAAUUUUUCAACUCAUUUAUUUGAGGAAUUUGUUUCUGUGUUCCUAAGCAAUAUGGAGUACCAUUUGUUUGAUAAUGUCGAGUGAGAUUAUUAGGUGUGUCCCUGUCCAAUGCGAUAACAUAUAUGGCGCUUCUUUGACGUACUCUUACAUACAUUAAUGGUACAUUGUUGUGAAGAUGAGUGUAUGGACCCUUUUCUUUGUCUUGUCUGUUUUUAAAGUGGAUGCCAACUGCUUCAAAACUAAAAAUGAACCUCUGUAUUUAAGUUCAAAACUGUUAACUGUAAAUGUCUUCUGUGUCUGCACACUUCCAUUGUACUUUUUUCCUUAUUUGUGUCGAGGCUCUGUGGCCCUAUGUCGCAAAUAUCCAACUAGGCAUUGUCUCACAGGCAUCUUAAAAUGAAAAUGAAUUGGUAUUCUAGAAAUGCAAUAUCGCCAUACCUCCAUUUUGAUAUCUCAUUGGAGACGUCUUUUAAUUAGAUGUCAGAAAUGACAACAAAAAUGGCUAUAUUUUUUUGGUUCAGUUUCACUUUUACAGAGGAUCUCUCUAUCUCUCUUUUUUAAGUUUGUAUGUCCAAUUAAAGUCAUUCUCUUUGUGUUAGUAGAUCUGUUGAAACUGCUAUGUGCCAUUUUUGGGGUCUCACUAUUGUUUUUGUAUAUAUGAUGCUGUACAUUGCAUUCUGAGCCAUUGCUGCAUGCCUGUGGGAUCCACCUUCUCCAAAAGCUUUUUUUGUUUUUCUGUGUCAAUUAGCUGGUGGAUUCAUUCUUGCGUUUGCCUUAUCAAAGCCAACAGUUGUAAUAUGCAAGAGCUGUGGCCUCUCAAUAAAGACAACAUGAUGUACUAAUAUAGGCUACCUGUAGAU